CGGGCUCUUCCUCGCACAUCAAUGCUUCCAUUCCACAAGACCUUCAAUCCGCCGGCCAGAUGUCGCUGAAAGCUGUGAGAUAUGCAGGUAGAGGUCAGGACAAUCGAGGCCACGCUGCCGCCUGUGAGUACUUUGCACUUCUACUUGCCAUCUAUCGCUGUGGUAUAUUUACUGAGUCCACUGUUCCAAGUCCCAGCAGGCUCGGCCCGGCCGGCGUCGUCCGCCCAGCCCCGUCCCAGUCCAGCUCGGCGGUGGUGGUAGCACGGAGCCCACAGCGCACAAAUCAUGGCGUACUCACCGACCGUCGUUCCGUAUGAGGACUUCAACGCCGAGGAAGACGCCCACGCCCUCAAGGCGGCGAUGAAGGGCAUGGGCACGGAGGAGGCUCCCAUUGUGGAGAUUCUGACCCGUCGUACCUACCAGCAGCGGGAGGAGAUCGCACAGACAUACAAACGCGAGUUCGGGCGGGACCUGGGCGAGGAUCUUGCCAGCGAGCUGGGCGGAGAGCUGGAGGACCUGAUGUGCGGCCUCACUCACUCCUACUUCGAGUACCUCGCGCUGGAACUCAGCAAGGCCAUGAAGGGCAUGGGAACCAAGGAGAAGAUCAUUAACGAGAUCAUCCUGUCGCGUAACAACUCUGAGCUGCAGCUGCUGAAAGAGACGUACGCCAAUACGUGUCACAGCUCGCUGGAGGAGGAUAUCCGUGGUGAGUCGGACGGUGACCUGGAGAAACUGCUGGUCGCUCUGCUCAACGACAGUAGAGAUGAGAUUGGAGACGUCGACAACGCCAAGGCCCAGCAGCAGGCGCAGGAUCUCUACAACGCCGGCGAGAACAAGUGGGGCACCAACGAGGCCGUGUUCCGCCAGCUGUUUUCACACGAGAGCCUGCCGCAGCUGAUGGCCAUCGCACAGGAGUACGAGGAGAUCUCCAAAAGAUCCCUGGCAGAGGCUAUCGAGUCGGAAAUGGGCGGCGACUUCCGCGACGCCCUCCUCAUCAUCCUGGAGGUGGCCAAGGACAAGAUCGGUUACUACGCCGACCUCCUGUACAACUGUAUGCAGGGAGCCGGCACCGACGACAAGACACUGAUCCGGCUGGUCCUCUCCCGUAGCGAGCUCGAUCUGGGCGACAUCAAGGAGAAGUACUUGGAAAAGUACGGAAAGACGCUGGACCAUUCCAUUGAGAGCGAGACUUCGGGACCGUACAAGGACGCCCUUCUGCUUCUGGUCCGGGGCGGCUAGUCUCCGCCCACGACGUGACGUCACUACGGCCUGAUGACGUCAGCACACGCGGCGCCGGUUCUUCGCUUCAGCCACAGCGCUGGAAGUCGGCGUUGGCUUUGGACGUCCGGGGAAGCCAUCACUUUCUGGGAGGUGCUUAUUCGUCAUAUAUGAACCGUACCGAUGUCAUCGAGCCUAUCUCGGAGGCUGUCUGUCUAGCUUGUGAUGAAUUAUUUGUAAUAAAUGCUGCCGAAUCUCCAACGGGAAGAUGACGGUCUUAUUAUGAAAAAGUUCAACUGUGAACAUAUCUCGUGCCGGGAACUUGUGAGCUCUUGCCUUUGCAGGAUUUCUUGCCGAAUACACGCUGAGGCUGGAUGU